AAAUGACGCCCCCCAUCUUACCCAUAACAUUGACCUUUUAUCCAACCCGCCAAAUCCCCCAUAACAAUAUUGACCUUUUAUCCAACCCGCCAAAUCCCUUAUCGUUAAUUCUGCUGCGCUCGCUGCAUUCACGUAAUAUCUCAUAAUUUAAUUAGUACAUGUUGAUGUUGCCACCCUAUAAAUACCCCCUCCUCCUAGCUCCCCAUCCCUUCCAUAUCACCACCCUGCAAUUAAACAACGCAAGCUGUAGCUAGAAUCAUAUCAAGCCUUUCGAUCAGAAAAAGCCCAAAACUAAGCAUGAAGAGAGCGGUGGCGAUUGCCUUGGUGGCGGUGCUGGCCACGGUUCAGAUGGUGGCGAGGCCGGCGGACGCGGCUAUCGACUGCGGCCAAGUGCAGUCGGGCCUGUCCCCCUGUAUUCCCUACCUGACCGGAGGCGGGAAUCCUGCGGGGUCGUGCUGCCAGGGGGUACGACACUUGGCGUCCAUGGUCACCAGCAAAGAGGACCGCCGGGCCGCCUGCCAGUGCGCCAAGGACGCCGCCAACAGCUUCCAGAACAUCAAGGACGACGCGGCAGCCCAGCUCCCGGGAAAGUGCGGCGUCCAACUCAACGUCCCCAUCUCCCGCACCAUCGACUGUAGCGGCUUAAACUAAUAGCAAUGGCCUUCUCGAAGCAUCUGUGUAGUGUAGUUCGUACUUCGUAGCGCACUUGAAUAGAGUCUUUGAGCAAUAAUGGGGCUCCUGAGUUUAGUUGGAGCUCCAACUCACGUGUACUAAUCCCACUGUCAACGUUUAUCGUUUACACGUGGCGCAUUCAAGUGUCUUUCCUUUUAUGUUGAAUAAUAUAAUAAUGAUAAUAAUAAUAAUAAUAAUAUGAGGCGUUCCCCUAUCAAAUUUCAGCUUUUUAAUAAUUUAUUGCAAUAA